AUGGCGUCUACAUUCCAGAAAUACCAGUUCACGAUUGUUCUUGUUCUCUCCCAAAUCGCCUUCUUCAUUCUAUUCGGAAUAUUUGGGAGAUAUGCGGAGAGUGCGAUGCCUGGAGGACCAAGCAGUACGAACUUCGUUAAUUCGAAUUAUCCGAUGUUCCAAGAUAUACACGUAAUGAUCUUCAUCGGUUUUGGCUUCUUAAUGGUAUUCCUAAGACGUUAUGGAUUCUCUGCUGUCUCAAUUAACCUGCUUCUCGCAUGUGUCGUCAUUCAGUGGAGUAUACUCAUAAAUGGAUUCUGGUCUGAAGAGUUUGCUGCAAACGGACAAUUCACGAUUUCGAUUACUGAGAUAAUUGGUGGUGAUUUCGCGGCAGCAACGAUUUUGAUCACAAUGGGUGCCACCUUAGGUAAGCUUUCACCAUCGCAAUAUGUGGUGAUGGCACUGAUCGAGGUACCUGUCGCACUCACCAUCGAACAUAUCGUUAUUCAUAAAAUCGAGGUACUUCCUAAUAAUCAUUUUAUUCCAGCUGCAAUUGCACAUCACCAAUCUAUACGUCACUCGUAA